AUGGAUGUACCAGAUACUUACUCAGUUGCCUUAAACUGGGGAAAAGAAAAUGCUUCCUGCCAAGGGAAUAUGAAGGACUGCACAAAGGGAAAAGAUUUCUAUAAAGAAAUGGCUUUUUCUGAAUUCAGCUAUUCUACAGAAACACCACAAGAAAAUUACAGUUCCCAAGAAAUCAAUUUUAGAAAGAAACAUAAUAAAGAGAUGAGUAAUGUGCUACAAAUAAGGAACAACAGCUUAUUUGAAACAGGGACUGCUAUGCUAAUUUCAUCCAAGAAAUCAAAAAACAUAAGAAGAUAUUCUGUUCCAGUCACAUCUAUUGACGUAUUGCCAUUGCCUCAGCUUAGAAGAGACUCGGGUUUUUAUUCCAUGCCAUCUUUAUCUUUAAAACUCCUUUCCACCCCAUUCAAAGUAGUAACUACUUAUAAAAUGAGUACUAAUAGAUGUGUCAGCUAUACAAAACCUUAUUCAAGUUUCACAUCAUUGUUUGGUACUGUCACAGAUCUUAAAUCCUCACACUGUUAUGCUUUUGCUUCAUAUGAUCACAAUAUGAAUGUGUGUCAUACUAAAUUAGAAAGCAAGUUCGGCUAUACUUUUUCAGAGGAUAACUGUUUAGAAUACAGACAGAGUAGUAAGGAAACAGGGCAGAAUUCUAUUAUGAAUUCUUCUCAAGCUCAAAAGGAGAAAUAUAGGUCCACUGAGACACCAACAACCCCAAAAGGAGGUGAAGAACAUAUUACCUUUGAAAAAGAUGGUUUUGUUUGUGAGGAAGUUCUAAGGAGCAAAGACCAACAAGUUCAAGUCCAUGAAAAACUACCAAACAAAGUAACUGCAAAUCAAGACUUUUUGCUUUCCGAAAGGCUAUCAAGUGACAAUAGUGAUAAUAACAUUUCUGCUAAGCUUUCUGUAGAAGACAUUCAGGGUCAAGAAUCAGUAACACAAUCAAACAAAAAUCUUCUGCAAAAUAUUUUUGAGUCUAAAGAAAUGAAAAAAACCCAGAAAAAAUCAGUCAGGACUGUAAUAACUGGAGAAUUGGAACAGAAGCUCAUCAUUCCUGGUGACAUUAAAUCUAUGGCAAAUUCAUUUGGCUUGGCAAUAAAAAAAGAGCCCAGCAGCAAAAAGGAAAUAGUAUUUAUGUUGCCUCUUUUGGAUACUGAAGAAUCAAACCGAGUUAAUGAAUUCCAAAAUUGUACUGACAUUCAGAAAGUGUUUGAAAACAUUCCGGAAGAUUCUGGUUGCCAAGAUUAUUUUAUACAAACUGAGCAUCUUUUAACUGGGGACUCUUUCACAGAUGCUCCAGAGGUGUUGUCUAGUGAACAACACAUAAGUCUGUCUCAUCGUUCUGGAAGUCAUUUAGCAGAUCUUCAGACAGAGACGUUAUUCAAACCCAGCUCUGAAAAACAAGAUGAAGAAAGAGAAGCAAAUAUGAAUGUAAUCAUAACCUCAGCCACAUUCCCACCAGUAAAUCAAGAUGAUCAGAUAGCUAAGUCACUGAAAGACACAAGCACAGGAUUAUCAAGGGACCAAGUGCUGAAAGAUGCAAGGACAAACAAUAGUUCCCAAGAGGAAGAAGAACCAGACCGUUGGGCUAGACGAAGGAAAUGGUUCAAAAACAGCAGAAGACACCCUUCAGCUAGGAAGAGCUCUAAGAAUAGCAGCUUCACCAAAGGAUCCAUGAAUUCACAUGGUGGUCCCUUGGAUCUGGGAUCACACAGGGAAAGUGGCUUCUACACAGAAAUGUUCCAUUCAGCUUCAUGGGUGUUUCAAGGGGAUGAUCCUAAUGCAGAUAAUAACUUCAGAUGUCUUAGCAAAAGGCCAGUCACUGUUCGGGAGCGAACUGUGAGGAUUCCUAAAGGAAUGGGUGACUAUCCUUGGGGAUUCCGAAUCCAGUUCUCAAACCCCAUCUUGGUGACCGAAGUAGAUUCCAAUAGUACGGCAGAAGAAGCGGGCCUUCAGAUUGGAGACAUAGUGAUGGCUGUCAAUGGCACAGAUGUCACUAGCAUGCCUCAUUCAGAGGCAGCAAACCUAGCAAGAAAAGGUCCUGAUAUCUUGAACUUAUUGGUGGGUUCUGAUAUCAGUCGUUGCCCCAACAUCCCUCGUCCAACAUGUCGAGGAUACCUCCACAAGCGGACCUACUCUGGAAUCCUGAAGGGCUGGAGAAAGAGGUGGUUUGUAUUAAAGCAUGACGGUUCCCUGUAUUAUUACAAACACAAAAAGGAUGAAGGAAAAUGCAGACCGUUGGAAGUAACAAAGGUCGAAGGUGCUGAAAUUGGCGUGGAUAACAGCCUGGGCAAGCCUUUUGCAUUUAGAUGUGUUCCUCGGGCUGGAAACAGGGUUUUUUAUUUCUACGCUAUAUCAGCCCAAGAAAUGAAGAGGUGGGUAGAUAUCAUGGAAAAAGCUGCACAUCCUAUUCAUCAGAACCAUGUGUGGGAAGAUGUCACCAUGCACAAUACAAGCCUUCCGCCGCUUGCUAUCAAAAACCCAGAGUGCUUGGGGCUCCUCCACCAGCUAGACAAAACCAAGAAUAUAUGGGUUCAACAUUAUUGCAUUUUGAAAGAUGGCUGUUUAUAUUUUUAUGCUAGCAUACGUUCUACACAUGCUGUUGGGGGCAUUUACUUGCAGGGCUACACCGUGAGUGAACAAACCCUUGGUUCCAGAAGAUCUGUGAUUGAAGUACAGCCACCUUCAGAAGAGUUUACUACUUUCUACUUAUGUGCCGAAAGUGUCAAGGAAAACCAAAGGUGGAUCAGUGCCUUGCAAGCUUCAGUCAGUAAAUGGCUCCCUUGGAACAAAGUCCCAGAAGACUUCAUGCAUUGACUGCUGUAAGACAAAGGUCUCCA